GGGUGGAAGGGCCGCCCUUUUCUUCGUAGCCUCCAAGGGAGCGGGAACAAAAAAACGAAACCAAAACCUGCCUGCUCGCUCCUCUUCCCAUCCCCCGCGUUCCGCUGGCUGUGGGCUUCCUGCGGCCGCCGAGGGCGCGUCUCUCCUCCGCCAUGGCAUCAGUUUUGAAUGUCAAGGAAUCCAAAGCUCCUGAAAGAACGGCUGUAGUUGCUGGUCUUCCAGUUGGCCUUUUUAGUGAUCAAUUAUUGGCCCUAUUAGUAAAGAGCCACUUCCAAGACAUUAAGAAUGAGGGUGGAGAUGUUGAAGACGUGAUAUAUCCGACAAGAACCAAGGGAGUUGCAUAUGUAAUAUUCAAAGAAAAAAAAGUUGCAGAGAAUGUCAUCAGACAAAAGAAACACCGGCUAGCAAGGAAGGCUAGACAUGCUGAACUCACAGUCUCUCAUUUUAGUGACAAGAUCUUCAGCUCUGUAAAUGCCAUCCUUGAUCUUUCUGUUUUUGGGAAAGAAGUUACUCUAGAAACUCUGGUAAAGGACCUGAAAAAAAAAAUCCCGAGUUUAAACUUCAGUCCUUUGAAACCCAAUGGAAGAAUCUCCGUGGAAGGAUCAUUUCUGGCUGUCAAGAGGCUCAAAGAAUCUUUGCUAGUAAGAGCAUGUUCUCUCUUAGAAAAAGACAGAAAUUUUACCAGUGAGGGAAGAAAGUGGAAUAGACAAAAUCCCCAAAGGAGUCUACAGAGAAGUAAUAACCCUUUGGCAUCAGUCAGGACUUUAGUACCUGAGACUGCUAGAAGUGGAGAAAUGCUUGUGCUUGACACAGAUGUUUUUCUUUACCUGCACCACAAGUGUAGAUCUUACGAAAGCACACUGAAAAAAUUCUGCAUUCUGAGUCAGGAGAAAGUGGAUGGUGAAAUCACCACAAUUUGUCUAAAAAACAUUCAAGUUGGUUCUCAGCCAAACAAUGCAAAACAUGUAAAAGAGCUCAUUGAGGAAUGGUCACAUGCCCUUUACUUAAAGCUUAGAAAAGAGACAUUUAUUUUGGAAGGAAAGGAAAAGAAAGAGAAAAGAAUGAUCAAAUGCGCAUGUGAACAAUUAAGUUCGAGAUACCCUGAAGUCCUGAUUAACUUUUAUAGGACACACGUUGACAUUAUAGGAUCUUCUUCUGACACUUACCUGUUUAAAAAAGGGGUCAUGAAAUUAAUAGGGCAAAAGGUUAGUUAAUGAAAUCUCAGCAAUAUAGUCAUAAGGGCUGCUUUCCCUUGCUGAGCACUGACCAUUGCCAUGAAUGAGGCUAGCUUUACAUACCCUAUCUCAUUAAUCCUUAUGCUCAUCCUUCAUUGUCAGUGUUGACUAUCCUCAUGUUAUAGUGGAAGAAACUAGGAUUUGGAGAAGUUAAAACACUUUUCUGAAGUUAUCCAGUUGACAAGGAAUGAGGCUGUGGCUUAGCCCAGUCUAUCUGAUUAUACAGAUAAUAUCUAAGGAAUAAAACUUUGAAAAAAAACUCACCAAACUUUUUUUUUGUUUGUUGUUUGUUUUUGAGACAGAGUCUUGCUCUGUCACCCAGGCUGGAGUGCAGUGGCGUUAUCUCAGCUCACUGCAACCUCCGCCUCCUGGGUUCACACCAUUC